CACACCGGGCAGACCUCUCUAUCUGCCCGGUAGGCACGGCUGCUACACCCGCUGCAGGAAAUCAAUAUUACAUAGCAAAAAAUAUAUAAGCAGAAGAAACAACUGCAGUACCUGUCGUGUUUAAUACAUGUUGCGACACAGGACUCGUCAACAGUAUUUGAUAUAUCGGGGCCGUGUUAGUGCUGAGACUCACCUCUGAAUAAAGUGGUACAGUCCCGUUAGUCGCAGUCUGUGAGUCCUGUUUACUGCAGCAGUUAGUGGACAACCAGAGUCACCAACAUGCGGAUAAACUGCACUUUACCAUAAAAUAAACUAUAAUGAACUUUCACCGGUUGGCUAUUUUACUGGGAGCAUUAGUGUGUGUGUGCGAUGGUGUGCAUGUCACAGUGCGGGAGAAGCAGCGUUUUGCGAUGCUCUUCCAGUCCGUGGUGCUCCCCUGUCAGUACCAGACGGCCUCCACUCAGACCCCGGUGGUGCAGUGGUGGUACAAGUCCUACUGUCGAGACCGCACGCGGGACUCCUUCAGCCUGCCCGAGAGCCUGGGCAUGCAGGCCUCCGAGCUCGGUGCCACGUCCCACCUGGAAUGCUCCGACAGCAGCCGCACGGUUCGGGUUGUGGCCUCGGCUCAGGGACAGUCCAUGACGCUGGCCGAGCACUAUAAAGGCAGAGACAUCGCCAUCGUCAACAGAGCAGACCUGCGUAUCGGGGAGCUGCAGUGGGGCGACAGCGGAGUGUACUUCUGUAAAAUCGUCAUUGCUGAUGACCUGGAGGGGAAGAAUGAAGCUCAGCUGGAGUUACUGGUGCUCGGCAGGACAGGUGAGCCGGACGAUAUCCUACCUGAGUUUGAUGUGGAGAUUAUGCCAGAGUGGGCGUUUGUGGGCUCUGUAGUCCUGGGCAGCGUCUUGUUCCUGUUACUGUUUGGGAUCUGCUGGUGUCAGUGUUGUCCUCACUCCUGCUGCUGCUACAUCCGCUGCUGCUGCUGUCCCGACACCUGCUGCUGUCCACGACACCUAUACGAGGCAGGGAAGAUGGCAAAGAGUGGGCCGCCAGCUCCGGUUCCUGUGUAUCCCUACUACAUUCCCGGUGUUCCUUCUGUGGUUCCUCUCGCCCCUUCAUCCCAUGUGGAGCCAAAGAUCGCCUCUAUCCCUACAGUGGAGAACAACCUGGUUGGAGCACGCAGUGGUUAUCGACUGAAAGCCAGUCCAGACCAGGACUCAAUGAAAGUUCUGUACUACGUAGAGAAGGAGCUGGCUCAGUUUCCCUCGACCAAGUUGGCUUCACUCAAAACCAGUAGCCUCUCAGAGCUGAGCUCCCUUCACGACGGAGGGACCACAGACUUCAGACACACCUAUCAGACAGUGCAGAUGAAGGCACUCCCGCCCAUCGCUGACCUCGAUGAUGAGUCGAUGCUGAGAGCCGCUGCGCCCAUACAGAGUCGACGGCCCAGACGGGACAGAGGGAACCACUCAGACGACGAGCUCGACAGAAGGUGGAACCCCCGCUCGGAGCACCUGAAGAGGAAGACGUUGGGUAGAAGAGGACGCACCGGUUCCCUGGAUGAGCUGGAGGAUUUCGCCGAGUCUUACAGCACUCGUGCUCGUCGCGCUGAGCCUCGAGACCGGGUCUACGAGCGGGACUACAGCCCUCCCAGGCGUUUCUACAGAGAAGAAGACGACGGCUGGGGCCGCCGCAGCCCCUCACCUUUACCUCAGAAGAGAAGGGACACAUGGGACAGUGACCGCCCAUGUCGGCCGCCGCAAAGCAAAUCUUACGAUGACGCCUUCCUCAGCAGCGUGCUGGACAGCAAGGCGAGGGGGCGAGGAGGGGACAGAGGGGCCUGUAGGCCGGACGAGGACAGUGACACUCCCUCUAAAGGCAGCUCCAGAGGAAAGGGCAGUGAUAGCUACUACAGCAGGUCGCCCAGCAACCGUCCAGAAGAGGAGGACCCUCUACCUCCGUACUCGGAGCGGGAGGCGGAGCGGUAUCGCAGGGCCGAGGCGACCAUAGAUCGGUACCGCACUGUAGAGCCCCCCAGAUCAGAGCGAUAUAGGACCACUGAAGCAGACAUGCGGCCUUUCUGUUACACGCGCCCCCACCAGGGACUGUCCCACACGCUGCAGCAGGCGGGACGAGACGACAGGGACAGGAGCCGAAACCUGAGCGCUGCACUGAGCAGGGGCUCUCUCAUAGUGUGACAUGGUUUCCCCACCUCGACCUGCACAGCACAGCACGGCACGGCACGGCACUGCCAAUCCGUUCGUUUAAACCAUCCUGCUGCUACGCAGGAGAGGCUAACCGUUCUGACAUCAGCCACAUGAAGAUCACUGACAAUAACUGCACUGACAGAAACAGCUGUAGUGGACGGAAAAUGCUGAGAAAUUAACAUGCACAAAGCAGCAUUUGCAGUCUGCGAGUAUAGGACUUUUUUUUUCUACCCAUGUGCAUGUGUAGCGUUCAGAUGUUAUGUAUGUUGUUUUGCAUCAUUAUUUGUUGAGCUGAGUGACCAGUGCCAAGAUGUUUUUUCAUUAUUAUUGUUAUUAUUAUCUGCCAUUUUUAAAAAAAUCUGCAGGACACCACAGUCUUAUUUUUACCUUCAGACAUACAGACUUCAUACUUCUAACUCAGCAACUCAGGUUCACUUUGUAUUUGUGUGUUUAUCUGUUGUUGAUAUUGUACUGUAUGUAAGUACUGUACCUUGAAUUUGUUUCUGCGGAUUUUCAAUUGCACUGCUAAAAUACUUUUUCAAUAAAGAAAAGUCUCCACUGUUAAAAUGAAUGUUAUGUUUAUUAUCUUGGCAGAGAGAGAAGGUAAUACAGAUGACAACUCUUUAUUAUUAUAAAAUUAUCAGUUAACAGCCUCAACCCAAUAUAUUCAGUAAACUGUCUCAUAUCACAUCAGUAUGUUUUAUGUACAGGAGGGCUUAAACACCUCAGACAGACACAAAGUACACAAAUGAAUAAUAAAUAGAUGAAAGGAAAGUAUUCUUAUAUUUUAAAAAAAAAUGUAUUGUCUGUCCCAGAAUCUGAUGUUUGAGUGGUGAUUGUGUGUUACAAUAUGUGUGUGCACUGUAUCUUGGAUAAAGCCUAUUUUUAUCGUAACUUAUCAAAUAUACACAACUAAAUAAACACUAAAAGCUUUACUGACAACCUCCAUCCACAGAAUUACACACAAUCAGCACGUUAUCAUGUAGAGCAUGUGUGCAGCUUUAAAAGGUUUAUAUAACAUAUUAAAUAGCAUAUAAUUAUUCUAUUUAUGGUCAUUUUGUGACUCAUUGUGGUCAUGUUCAUGUUUUAUUUGUAGUAAUGUUGCAUCUCUUUGUGGUCAUUUUGUGAGUCUUUGUAGUAGCUUUGCAACCAUUUUUAGUCAUUUUGCGUCUCUGCAUCUGUUUUUAGUUGUUUUGCAUUUAUUUGUCACAAUUUAGCUUUUUUUAAAUUGUUUUUUGUUGUUAGUUGUGUGUCUUGUGUGCCUUGUGUGUGGUCUUUUUGCUGCAUUGCUUUUUCUUUUUCCUAGUUUCGUGACUCUUAUUAUAUAUAGUAUAUAUUAUAUAGUAGUUUUCUGUCUAGUCGAAGUCAUUUUGCAUCUCUGUGUGGUCAUUUUGUGAAUCUUUUUAGUGUCUUUUUCUAUUUGUAAUCAUUUUGAUUGUCUUCAUGUUUGUUGAUUCUUCAUACUGUAGCUCUUUGUAUGUAUAGUAUUUGUUGGCAUUUUGCAUGUAUCUGUUUGUAGUAGUUUUUGCAAAUCUUUGUAGUAGUUUUAGGAGUCUUUGUGGUUGUUUUGUGACUAUUUGCAUCUGGUUUUAAUUUAACACAAUUUUGCAAUUUGUUGUAGUCUUUUUCAUUUAUGUGUGGUCUUUUUGCUAUCAAAUGCAAUUGUUUUGUGAGUCUUUGUGGUUGUGGAUCUUUUUGCGUCUCUCUGUAUUAGUUUUGUAAAUCUCAUUCAUAGUUUUGUGAUUCUUUGUGGUCUUUUUGUGACUCUUAUAGUUGUUUUCUGUCUAGUAGUCAUUUUCAUCACGUCAUCACAUCUCUUUGUGGUCAUUUUGUGGGUGUCUUUCUUUCUAUUUGUAAUCCUUUUGAUUCUCUUUUUUCUUGUUUGUUGAUUCUUCAUACAGUAUCUGUAGUCAUUUUGCAUGUAUCUGUGAAAU